CAUGUCCACCUGUCAAAAUUAUAUUUAAUUCAGAUUUGUAUGUCUGGAGUAUCAUGGGACUGGCCAUUAUCGUGAGGAACUCCAGAAGAACUUUGUAGUGAAUAUUUUGAUUGGAAGAUAAAAAGGGAUUGUCACUCAAGGUGGACCAAUUCCUUCACUUGAUAUCGCAUUUCUGAUUCAUAAAAGUUUUGGCUAUAGAGAUCAGUAAAAGCAGAGGACUAGCUACGCAUGCCCCGAGAAUGCAGGUUUGCAUGUCUACCAGUCGCGAUAUAAUCCGAAUUUUCUGAUAUUGUAUGCACGCAAACCGUCCGUCAGAAUACAGUACUUUUUCAUCAUGGGUUCUCUGUCAGUUUUCUCUCCCGGUGGGCACAAGUUUCUUACAUUGACACGCAGAUUCUCCCUGACCGUCUAUGCCUUUAUGAAUUUUAAAGAGGCUUAGGCACCUAAAGCUUAUCGCAUGAAAGACUUCUUCGUCGCAUGAGGUUCUCUCAGUGUCCCAUUCAGACAGAUUCUAUAGGAAUAAUUGAACACUACUUACUAUGUUUUUUCUUAUUAUUUACCAGGAACUUCCUUGUCGAUGUUGCCCCGGUCUGGUGCGGUUACGCCAUUCACAACUCUCCAAAUUGUGCCGUAAUAGCAGCGGAUGGUCAAAUUAAUGCACCAUUUGGACCUUUAGAGACCAGUUUAACGCGCAGAUGACAACUGAUAAAGGACAUUGAUCCUUUUUUCUUGACUUCUUCAUAUUGCCGGCAUCCAAUUUUUAAAGAAGAGUGACGCAAUGGCUCGUUGAACUUUAGGCUCAUUACGUAGCGCCUAGUGGCAAUCCCGGCCAGAAUGUCUUUUAAACUAUUGCCAUUGUAAGUUCAGCCAAUUGUCAUUCACAGCUGAUUCAAACACACACAAUCGCCAACCUUGUUACCACCCAAGAACUUACUACCAUUCAGGUAUUAUAAACACGGCACAAGAAAAAUAUCGGGUCCAUUGGUUUCUCGUAGUCUCACCUUGAUUCACUGAAAAUGCAUCGUCCGCCUAUCUCGGUGCUCGCCGUUCUGAUCUUUCUCGUCUUUCCAGUGGCGAGUUCAGUUGAUGAGGUUACCAAGCAGUCGAUGAUUCAGUUCAUAGACAAAGUUUCUCCUGGGAUUGAUCGAGGUUGGAGCUUGUCCACGGAUCCCUGCACCGAUAAGUGGAAGGGCGUGGAAUGCGAGUCGCAAUCAGUGAAAGAUCGUUCUCGAGGAGCUCAACUUCUCAGGGACUCUUUGAUGCCAGUCCUCUCUGCAGGGUCGGGUCUCUCGCUGUUCUUAGCCUCAAGGGCAACAAUCUGGUGGGAGGGAUUCCGGAAGAGAUUGCAAACUGCAAGCGUUUGACGCACUUGUAUUUAGGCGGGAACCGGUUCUCGGGACAACUGCCCGACGCCCUCUGGAGAUUAAAUAACUUGAAGAGGGUCGACGUCUCUGAUAACAACUUCACCGGUCCCUUGCCGAAUCUUGCUCAGAGCUCGGGCAUGACUACCUUCUUUGCUCAGAACAACAAUUUCACCGGAGAACUACCCCAGUUCGACUUUGCCAACUUCGAGCAAUUUAAUAUCUCGAACAACGAUUUCACUGGUCAGAUUCCUGAUGGCGGAGGCCGUUUCCAGGAGAACAGCUUUCUCGGGAACCCGGGGUUGUGCGGAAGUCCGCUGCCCAAUUCAUGUCCGCCCCCUCAACCAGCCAAGAAGAAACAGAAAAACGUGUCUUUCGAAAAGAUUCUUAUCUAUCUAGGCUAUAUGAUUCUCGGCCUGAUCGUUCUGCUCUUCUCGGUCUACAAAAUAGCAAGAAGAUCCAGGAAAAAAGCAGAUGGGGUCGAUGGUGGUAAGGAUAGGAGAGCUGAUGCUAGCAGCAGCAAGACUAAUGGGGCGUCCAGCGAACCAAAGACGAGCGAUAACAGGUCGGAGUACUCGAUAACUUCCAUUGAGAGUGGAAUGAACACGUCAUCACUUGUGGUACUAACGAAUUCUCCUGAGAUGAAGGAUUUGAAGUUCGAGGACUUGCUUAGAGCGCCUGCCGAGCUGCUUGGAAGAGGAAAGCAGGGAAGCCUUUACAGAGUUGUGCUCAGCAAUGGCCUCGUUCUGGUCGUGAAGAGAAUCAAGGAUUCGGGGAUUCCUAGCGAGGACUUUAAGAACAGGAUGCAGAAGGUGGAUCGAGCAAAGCAUCCUAAUGUUUUGCCACCCGUCGCAUUUUAUUGCUCCAAGCAAGAGAAGCUCCUGGCGUAUGAAUACCAACCAAACGGGAGUCUCUUCAAUCUUCUCCAUGGAACACAGAAUGCGCUAGUAUUUGACUGGGGAAGCAGGCUAAGCGUUGCAGCCACGAUAGCUGAAGCUUUGGCCUUUAUGCACUCGGUGCUUCGUGAAGACGGGAUUGCUCACGGCAAUCUAAAGGCCACGAACAUCUUGCUCGACAAAGACAUGGGUCCGUGCAUCAGCGAGUAUGGCCUAAUGGUGGUGGAAAGCCAAGACUACUCUCAAAUUUCCGAUAUAAGAAGCAAUCCUUCUGCUCCGCAUGACGCCUUCAAGGACGACGUAUACGGCCUUGGGCUAAUGCUUCUCGAGCUCCUGACAGGCAAUAUGGUCCAGAACAACGGGUACGAUCUGGCCAAGUGGGUGCACUCUGUGGUCAGGGAGGAAUGGACCGGGGAAGUCUUCGACAGUGUCCUGAUAUCCCAAGGGGCGGAUGAGGAAAGGAUGGUGAGGCUGUUGCAAGUGGCUCUCCAGUGCACAAACCCAUCUCCCGCCGAAAGGCCGAGCUCGAGCCAGGCCGUGGCGCUGAUAGGCUCGAUCAAAGAUUAAGAGGAGCGAUCCCUGUCGUCCGAUUCCUGACAGGAACUCGAGCUGUUCUGGGGGGAGGGGGAGAGAUGUGAAACGGGAGAGCUUGUGGCGAGAGAGAAUUGUUCUAAUGGUGUGAUCCGUGUUGGUGCUGUCAAUUGAUGCAGUUGAGUUUCUGAACAAUGAACGGGGCAGACUACACUUGUUUGUUAUUUGUAUGUAUGGAGAAAUAAUUCUUUUGCUUCAGCAGUG